GAGAGCGGGAGAGAGGUUAUCGUGAGUGUUGGUGGUUGUACAAACUCCAGUCUUCUUCCUUCCUGCUUGUCCUGGCCGGUCAGACAUGUGGAACUGAUUGGGCAUCUCGCAGGGGAGUCUGAUAGAUGUGGGAGAUAUCAACUGACCAGGUUUUCUCUGUGUGUGUGAAGAGAGUGUGUUGCCCUGGCCCCUGGAUGGAAUAAGCUAUCAAGUUAGGCUACCCACAACUAGGGUUGGACUUCUACCUCAUGUACGGGCAAGUACUCACUUCUAGCGUGCCAAUAUGAUGAACGGGAUAAUCACAAAGUGGAGGCGGCGGAGUAUCGCGGUGCCCUGCGAAACAGAGAACCACAAGAAUGACGAUCCGGACGCGAUUCUGGAGGAGUUUCUCCCUGACGUGGCCAAAGUUAUCCGUGAGAUGGAACUGUCCCUGCUGGAAUGGGCCAAGCCCAAGCUGGUGGAGCCCAUAGAUUACGAGACGUUUGUUAUCCAGAAGAAGACACAGAUCCACCAUGAUCCUCAGCGGGACAUGCUCUACUUCCCUCAUGAUGACAUCUCGUCCUCUGUCCAGCCCAGGGAGUACAGGACAGUCAGGUCAUCAGUCCCGCCAAAUGCUGCCAAGGAAGCCAAAAGUCUGCUUGUCAAAGAGGGUAUUAGUUUUUAUACAACUAGUUGGAGCCAGUUGCACUACAAAUAUGAGGACUAUGGUGGCAGUUAUCAUCACUUACCACGAAGUGACAGGUCUGGGGACCUCCCACCACAGGUUUAUGAGUUGGAUGAGGCGGACAAAACAGAUGAGGAGAUGUCCAUUCUGUAUGAAGGUGCAGAAAGCAUCACUAAACAGGGUUUCCUGUACAAGGCACCUCUUAACAGCGAGGGCAGUAUCAUCACCAGUAUGAGGUCCUUUAAGAGGCGGUUCUUCCACCUAAAGCAACUUCCGGACAAAUCAUAUGUCUUGGACUACUACAAGGAUGAGAAGGCCAAGGAAGCAAAGGGAACAAUCUAUCUGGACUCCUGUACAGGGGUGGUCAAGAAUUCCAAGAGCCGUAAGUUUGGUUUCGAGGUGCGGAUGCAGGAUGGGAGCUACUACUACCUGGCGGGGGAGGGGGAGGCUGAGAUGGACGAGUGGGUGUCGGCCAUCAACAAGGUCGUACAGAGUAACAUCGAGGCACAGAUCAGGCAGGGCGACGAAGGAGAGAUGAACGACACUCUGCCUUCACCCAGCAAGUCUGAGAGCCUGAGAGAAAGCCUGGAGAACAGCAUGCACCCUGAACUCAUGAAGUAUGCCAGGGAGUCAGACAACCUGAUCGCCAUCAAGAGGAAGGAGAACAGACAGAAGCUGCUGGAUGUGUACCCAGAGAUGCAGAUGAGAGAAUCUGGUCGGAGCCUGCAGAAGGAGGAUGACCGUGUGUAUGAGGAACAGUUUGGCAUCAGGUUCCUGGUCAGGUGUGAGGAGCUCAGGUUCAGACUGGCUGCAAACAUCGCAGAGGAGGAAAAUGGACCCGUCACCAACGUCGAGCCUUUCUUCACCACCCUGUCCCUCUACGACGCCAAAGAGAACAAGAAGAUCUCGGAAGACUUUCACUUUGACAUCAACGACGUGAAAGUUCGGCAGAUGUUGGUGCGAGGGAAGGAUGCGGAAAACAUUCCAAAUGGCCACAGUAACGGUGAUGCACAGCUACGACACGGGAAGUUCACCCCGUACCUUGGCAAGCUGAAGGAGGAAUGGUUGCAAUAUCCUCAUCAGGGUCUUUUUUCAGUCACCAAUCCCCACCCAGACAUCUACCUUGUGUUGAGAAUAGAGAAAGUUCUGCAGGGACACAUCAACAACUGUGUGGAGCCGUACCUGAAGGGAGGCGAGAACUGCAAGGUGUCCCAAAAGGCUGUAAGACAGGCUAAACAUUUCUGCAGCAGACUGGGACAGUACAGGAUGCCUUUUGGAUGGGCAGCAAGGCCAGUGUUCAAGAGUUCGUCAGGAGAACUUGACACUGAGGCAGACUUCACCCCCAUCUUCAAACAGGAGAGUCAGAAGCUGUCUGAUGAGGACAUGUUCAAACAUCUGGCUGAUAUCAAAAGACCAGAGAAAAUGUCCAAACUUCAGCCAAUUCCAGCCAGCCUGAGGGUAGCAGUAGAAGCUGUCCAGUCACAGUUGCCAGGCUGUGUGACAUCGUCCCUGGUCCCUGUCCGGCCAUUCCCAGACUCUCCGUCUCACAUCAUUCGGGAAAUCGAGGAGUUUCUACCAGAAGAUGCCUCUGUCCUGCAACCCUUCACUUCCUACAAGAACAACCUGUACAUAUAUCCUCUCAUACUCAAGUUUGACAACCAGAAAACAUUUGCCAAGGCCCGUAACAUAGCCUGCUGUGUAGAGUUUAGGGACUCUGAUGAUGAAGAUGCAUUACCUUUAAAGUGUAUCUACAGCAGGCCAGGGUGCCCUGUGUUCACCACAAGUGCCAAUGCUGCUGUGCUGCACCACAACACAACACCUGACUUCUAUGAAGAGGUGAAAAUCGCCUUACCCACCCAGCUGCAGGACAGACACCAUCUCCUCUUCACCUUCUACCAUGUCAGCUGUGACCAGUCUGUUAAGGGCUCAACCAAGAAGAAAGACAACGUGGAGACUGUUGUUGGGUAUGCCUGGCUACCUAUUCUGAAGGAUGGAAAAAUCAACCUCCAGGAUGAAGAAUCCCUGCCCAUUUCUGCCCACCUCCCUCCUGGCUACCUUACACACAAGCCACUGGGCAUGGGGAAGAUUGCAGGACCGGAGAUCAAGUGGGUGGAUGGAGGCAAGAAGCUCUUCACCCUGUCCACAAGGCUGGCAUCCUCCAUAUACUCCAAGGACAUGCACAUGAACAACUUCUACUCCCACUGUGAGAAGGUAGACUCCAACAGUGGUGGCAGUGACUUGGACAUGUGCAAAUAUCUAAAGUCCCUCCAUGCAGCAGAUGAGUGCACAGUGGUCCAUUUCCUGCCUGUACUGUUGAACCAACUCUUCAGAGUCUUGGUCAAGACUAACAGUGAAGAUGUGGCCACCAAUGCUACCAGAGUGCUGGUCCACGUUGUGUCCAAGAUGCAUGAAAAUGGACACCAAAAGUUGUUGCAGUCAUAUGUCAAGAAUGUGUUUGUGACAGAACCAGUGACAGCAUCCAAACCCAAGACAGUCCACGAGGAGCUGGCCAAGAACAUGAACAUCCUCCUGAGACCCUCCUCGGACUUUCUUGUCAUCCACAAGCUCAUGAAUCAUGCUUGGUUCUUCUUUGAAAUCAUUGUUAAGAGUAUGGGGCAACAUCUCAUCACCAUGAACAGAUUACAGGUGAGCAGACAUUCUCGGUUCCCUGCGUCCUACCAGUUUGCCAUCCAGAGCCUGCUGCAGACCCUCAUGCCCCACAUCACACAGAAGCACAAGGAGAACGCCCUGGAGGUCGGCAACGCCAACCGCAGCCUCGCAAACUUCAUCAAGAGGUGCUUCACCUACAUGGACCGAGGCUUUGUCUUUAAACUCAUCAACUCAUAUCUGGACCACUUCAAUCCCUCAGACCCAAAGAAGUGGCAGUUAGCACCUGUGGCGCUUUUUGAGCUGAAGUUUGAGUUUCUGAAGAUCGUGUGCAGUCACGAACACUACAUUCCCCUUAACCUGCCUCUACAGAGGAAGGGCUACAUGCACAGGUUCCAAGACCAGCAGCAGGAGUUCUCGCUGACAGAUGACUACUGUAAGCACCACUUCCUGGUAGGUUUACUCCUGCGAGAGGUCAGCGCCGCCCUGCACCAGCCGAAGGAUGUACGACAGUUUGCUGUCUCAACUCUACGCGACCUGCUCGCAAAACACUCUUUCGACGACAGAUAUCAGUCCAAGGCUCACCAGGCCAGAAUAGCCAGCCUGUACCUGCCCUUCCUGAGCAUCAUCCUGGAGAACGUGCAGCGCCUGAACGUGCUGGACCCCUCCCCGCACACCCCCACCCCCUCCUCCACCGCAUCUUCCACCUUCACGCGCUCCACACACAUCUCUAACGACAAUCUGGCCAAUGAGAGCCACCACACGCCGCUGCCCACGCGGUCCACAUCCGUGGACAUGAACGGGAUGAAGGGAUCGCUGACGCGAGACACUGUUAGUUCUAGUGUCUGGGCUCAAAUAGCAGGGACUCCCAGUGGAAAUAUCUCGUCCCCGAUGCCGCUGAAGUUGGACACGAAACAACGGGCAGACUCCAACUCUUCCCUCAGCACCGAGGCCAGUAACGGGUCCCUGCCCAACAUGCUGGAGAGGAGGGACAGCGAGAGGCUGAAGGGAGGAAAUACUGCUCCUGGGCACUUCAGGAGUGCCUCGGCUGCAGGAACCUUCCUCAGACAUGACAAGUUAGAUGAGGGAGAGAUCAAAGACCUUCUAGUCUGUCUGCUCUUCAUCCUCAAGAACCUCAAUGAGGGGAAGUCAUUUUCUAAUGUUCCCCCAGAGAUCCUGCAUGCCUGGUGGCACCAGGCCUCCGAGUCAGACCACAUGGAGUUCUUCACCAUCCUGGAGAUUUGUCUGCACCAGUUCCGGUAUCUCGGCAAGAAGUACAUUGCUUCAAGAGAGUUUAUGGAGGGGGGCAGCAGUAGAAGCCUCAAGGUCAUGACCCUUCCCAUCCGCAGGCUGGCACCUUCUACCAUCGGCCACAGGAGCAGUGCACACGACAUGUCAGGAUACCCGUUCAUGCAAGAUCCAGAGACAGUCCAUCGAGCUCUGUUGGAGGCUAAUAUGGGAACAGAGGUCGGACUCACAGUCUUGGACCUGUUGGCUCUGUACACUCAACAGUACAAGGAGCAGCUGCUGGUGAGAGAUGGAGACAAUAUCAGGAUGAAGAGGGUGUUUGACCUCUACAUGUCAUUUCUGCAAGGCAGCCAGUCAGAGACCCUCCUCAGGCAUGUCUUUGCAUGUCUGCGGUCCUUCAUCAACAAGUUCCCACGUGCCCUGUUCAGUGGCAGUGCUAAGCUGUGUGGUGCCUUAUGCUACCAGAUCCUGAAAUGCUGCAACUCGAAGCUGCAGUCCACGCGGAGCGAAGCGUGCGGGCUCCUCUACCUGCUCAUGAGGAGUAACUACGAACACACCAAGCGCAGAGGAUUCACUAGGGUUCAUCUGCAAGUCAUCAUCAACGUGUCCCAGUUGAUCAGUGAUGUGAUAGGCCUUAGUGGAUCCCGCUUCAAGGACUCGCUCUCCAUCAUCAACAACUAUGCCAACAGUGACCGCAGUAUGAUGUGUUCCAACUUCCCCGUGGACGUAAAGGACCUCACCAAGCGUAUCCGUACGGUCCUGAUGGCCACGGCUCAGAUGAAGGAACAUGAGAACGACCCUGAGAUGCUGGUGGACCUGCAGUACAGCCUGGCCAAGUCCUAUGCAAGCAACCUGGAGCUGAGGAAAACAUGGCUAGAGAGCAUGGCCAGGAUACACAACAAGAAUGGGGACUAUUCAGAGGCUGCCAUGUGCUACAUCCAUGUUGCAGCGUUAGUAGCAGAAUACCUGAAGAGAAAAGACGACAAAUCCGACAACAAUACAAGAACGUACAUUAAAGGAGUGUACCCAAAGGGCUGUGCAGCUUUUAGGAUCAUCUCUCCCAAUAUAGAGGCAGAAGAAUCGGCUAUUAAAGACGACUCAGGGAUUGAGGAUGUCCACUACACAGAGGACACGCUGGUAGAACUGUUGGAGAGGUGUGCCCAGGCCCUGGAGAAGGCAGAGAGAUACGAGGUUCUGGGGGAAGUCUACAAACUCAUCAUCCCCAUCUACGAGAAGAGGAGGGAGUUUCAGAGACUUGCAGAUGCGUACAGACAUCUGACACAGUCAUACGAGAAGGUGGUCACGGUCAUGCAGUCAGGCAGGAGGCUGCUGGGAACGUACUUCCGGGUUGCUUUCUAUGGACAGCAAUGGCAGGAGUUUCUGGUAGGUCCCAGCCCAAGCCUCAGCCAGAGUAUGAGGAAUAAUGGAUUCUUUGAGGAGGAAGAUGGCAGGGAGUACAUCUACAAGGAGCCGAAGGUGACAUCUCUGUCUGAGAUAAACCAGAGACUGGAGAGGCUGUACAGCGACAAGUUUGGAGUCGGCAAUGUCAAGAUGAUUAAAGAGUCUGGAAAGGUAAAGGCUAAGGACCUGGACCCCAAGUAUGCCUACAUCCAGGUGACCUACUGUGAGCCUUACUUUGAUGAGAAGGAACUGGAGGAGAGAAGAACAGACUUUGAGAAGAACAACACCAUCCGUCGCUUUGUGUUUGAGACCCCCUUCACACAGAGUGGGAAAGCCCACGGUGCCUUAGAGGAACAGCACAAGAGGAGAACAAUACUCACCACGUCCCACUCGUUCCCAUACGUGAAGAAGCGAGUUCUGGUGGUGUACCACAAGACCCAGGAGCUGAAGCCUGUAGAGGUGGCUGUGGAUGAGAUGCAGCAGAAGACUGCCGAGCUGCGGGAGUUGGUAACACGAGACCCGCCCGACAUGAAGAAACUCCAGCUCAAGCUGCAGGGGAGUGUCAGCGUGCAGGUGAAUGCUGGUCCUGUUGCAUAUGCCAGUACUUUCUUAGACACUGCCAACAUCAAGAAGUACCAGAAGAUACAGGUGGAGAUGCUGAAGGAGGUUUUCAGGCAGUUCAUAUGUGUUUGUGGGGAGGCCCUGAGCCUGAAUGCCCAGCUGAUUAAGACUGACCAGCUGGAGUACCACGAGGGACUAAAGAACGACUAUAAGAGCAUGGUGGCCAAACUGGAGGAUAUCAUGCAUGAACAGUUGCUGCCCAAGGAUCCCGACAGUGUAUCUACUGUCAGCCGGUCGUCUCUGCAUGUGUUCUCAGCUAUCAGUGGAACUCCAACCUCCACCUCCCUGGCUGGGAUCUCAAGUGGAGCCUCCACUGUGUAGGGAGGGCGCAUGUCGGAAUGGGGAGGGGGGCAUUUACAUAUCCUUAAGCUAUCUCAAAGUCAGUGGUGCCAUGGUAGAAAAGAGCACCUAUUCCCAAACUUUACAUACAGUAGCUUGGUCUUAUGUUUGUUAUGGGUAGGUAGACACAGAGUCAGUUGAUACAUAUCCCAUGUUUAGAGGAAGAACUUGGUACUAUGAGAGAAAGCUUGAGAAGUGUGUAUUCUACACUGUACAUAAGUAGGGGAGGGGGGCAGGCACCCUGUGUUUAGUUAAAGGCUGCCAACAUGUAAUUAUGCACAAAGAAAUGUAUUUAACGGUGCUACGUGAACAUGACUUCCAGCUAUAUCAAAUGUAGUUUGCUGUUAAUUUUGUUUUCAGUGGAAUUACAUUGCUGUUUCAGAAGAUUGCACUGUUGAGUUUCUUGUUUUUCUGAGACCAGUUGUCUUUUUAUGCAGUGAUAUUGAAUUUACUUCACUGUUUUAUGUUGCCUGCAUUUUAUUUCUUGACAUCUAUUUGUGACUGAGAAAUGAUGUUUGAUGACUGCAAUGUUCUUGAGUCCUACCCUGCACCAACAUGUGUUAACAGCAAAUAGAUAGCUUUUCAAAUGUAUGUUAAAAGUAUAUACUACAUUCUUUUGGAACAUAGCAUAUUUUAGAACUGUACAGAUUAUACAGUCACAGUCGCAAGUAGUGCUGCACAUGUAGAUUCACACAUCUGAUGUUGCAUGUCUGAAGAAAAAUCCAACUUGUAAAAUCUGCACACACCAGUAAGCAAAACUGUAACUGUAUAUAGUACCAGGUAUUCUUCUGAUGCUUUUCAUACUGACAUGCAUGUUUGUUUACAAGACUGU